UAGACUGAGUACUACAUUUGAAAUUAUCAUAAUGUAUUCCAAAUUAAUAGUAAUCUAUUCGUUAUUAACGUUAGUUUAUAGCAAAAGUUUUACUAUAGUCAUUGACACCACAGAUUCAAUGGAAAUAGAACUUAAUAUUUUAAAAGCAAAUAUUCCGAGAGUUGUAAACGCUAUUCAAGGUGUCUCUGACAUUGAAAAUUAUGUAAUAGUGCCUUUUAAUGAUCCAGAUGUCGGCGUUCCCGUCAUAUCUGAUUCACCAGAUGCGUUUCUAAGAUCUAUAUAUGGGAUAACUACAAGUGGUGGAACAGACUGCCCAGAAAACCCCUUGGCUGGUAUACGCAAAGCUCUUGAAGUCAGUAAAAAGGAAUCACACAUAUUUGUGUUUACCGAUGCAUUCGCAAAGAACUACGACGAUAUUGAUGCUAUAACGUACCUUUGCAGAACUAAACGGAGUAAGGUUGUAAUAUUUCUUAGUGGAUUUUGUCAUUCAAAUGAUACUAGUCUGGAAACGUAUAAAAGUAUCACCGAGUUUUGUUCAGGAGUCAUAUUACAAUUACAGCCAUGGAAAUUUAGAGAGUCUUUUAAAUAUAUGAAAGAGAUAGUACCAAUAGAAUGGAAUAAUGUCGUAUCACUUCUACCAUCCAAUUUCGCGGAGCCUCCCACGUUUACAGUGGAAUCUUACACAACAGAUGUGAUGAUAACCAUAACAGGAGAACACACAUCCAUAAUGAUUAAAGAACUUCAUACAAAAGAAGUCGUUGAAUACGAAAUAAUAGUACAUUCCGACACUGACAUGGUGAUACGCGUAAAAGCUGAAGUAGGGAUGUACACUGCCAAUAUUCAUUGCAGAAUAUGUACAGCUAAAUUGUUUAAAAGAAAUCAAUUGCCAUUUCAAUACGGAUUCUCGACGCGGGUAGCUAAAGACAUGAGGGAAACAACCGGGACACCUUUACCAGAUGCGCCUAAUUACAUUAUCAUAUCAAUACCGGCUAACAUACGUAUAACAUCUAUCAAGGUUGAGUUGAAUUUCCUGGAUGAUACUCAGAGUGAGACUUUAAGUGUCGAACAAAUCAUGAAUUGUCCUGGAUACUAUUAUACCAAUAUUUACGUCGAUUCUAAACAAACGUUUAAAAUUUCCAUUCUAGUGCUAUCGGAAAAAAUUAGCAUUACUGGUUCGACCGGAGUUUUGCAACCUCAAAAAUUUGUUACCACACCAACACCCAGAAAACCUUCAAUUGAAAUUAUUAACUACAAUACUUUAUUAGAAUUUGGUUCGAAUACAACAAUUUCUGCUCGAAUUAACGGAUAUCCCAAACCAAAUACAUGGUGGGAAAACUAUAAUGGAGAAAUGUUAAGAUCCGAAACUAUAUUAUUGGAAAUACCUUAUGUUUAUAUAACUUAUGUGACUGUAUAUAAUGUUAUGUCCAACACGACUAUUUACUGUAAAACUAGAAGUUUGGAGGGCGAAGAUUCCCAAGCUGUUGAAAUAUUUGUAAACAGAACCGCCACUUUGGAAGUUUUACGGACACCGGACAAUGAAAUAUUUGAGUAUGGUGCAGAAGGAAGAUUGUAUUGUGAAAUAUCAGCAUAUCCUGAAGCUAUAAUAACUUGGUAUCAUAACGAUACUAUAAUUGAUUCUAAUAAUAGGCAAAUUGUAUUAGAAGAUAAUGCUAUUUUAAUUAAAAACAUGAAUUUAGAGAACGUUGGGGAAUAUAAAUGUACUGUGUCUAAUACAGUGGAGACAAAAUGUUUUAAAGCCACAGUUGAAAUAUCAGGAUUAGAAGUACCAAAAAUAGAUUUAAAUGAUUCAGAUAUACUACUAAAGCCAGGAGAAAGAUUGGAAAUCGAAUGCAGAUUGCUCAAGGGAAUACCAGAACCAGUUAUAUCAUGGAUGUAUAAAUCAAAUGAUGAUUUUUACUUUGGUGCAACUCCACUUGGUGUAAUCGUCGAAGAAAAUAAAAUAAAAUUUUCGUCUGUCAGUAAAGAACUUGAAGGAGUAUAUAAAUGUUUAGCUAAAAAUAUAAUAGGAGAAGAUACUAAAGAAUUAAUAGCGAAAGUGAAAUAUGCACCUAUCAUAGUGAACAGCGAUGAUGAUACCCUAACUGUAAAAGAAACCAAACUAGUUCAAUUACAGUGUGAAGUGGACGCUAUACCUCCCGCAAGAGUACGAUGGGAGAUGUCGCAAGGUGAUGUCAUUGUACCCUUUAAUAGUAGACAUGACACUGAUAAUCAGAAUACGCACAGAUUCAGAGCUUUAACAGAAGAUUCUGGCAAUUAUCAUUGCAUAGCAGAAAAUGAACUCGGAAGAGCCGAGAAAACAGUCAAAGUCAAUGUCUUAGUUCCACCAUAUAUCCGACCAGAAGCAGCAACAAUAGAUGUGGGCACAGGAGACUCUGCUAUGUUAGCUUGUAAUGUGCAGCAUGGUAAUCCUGCUCCCAAGACGAAAUGGGAAUUUAUACCAUCAGGUUCUACAAAUAUUGUAUUGCAGAGGGGUAAUCUUAACAACACUCUUGUGCUUCGCAAUGUAAAUAAAACAAAUGAAGGUUACUACAUCUGUAUCGCCUAUAAUGAUGUGGGUAGUGAUAGCAUUAAGAUUUAUGUAAGAGUGCAUUGAUUAGUUUAUUAGAAGUAUUUUAUUAAACUUUGAUCAUCA